AUGAGUGGCUAAUUUUAAUACGGAUUAAUAAAAAAAAUAUUAAGCAACCAUUAACUAAAAUAUGUCCUAAGAUAAUACAAGGACAUUACAAUUUAGUUGAAUAAGGAUAAGAAAAAAUGGUUAGAUGAGCUAGACGAUGAAUCUGCUGAUUACAAGUAUAAAACAAGAUAAAUAACCUUUGAUGAUUACUGCUAGGCUAUCAAGUCAUAUUCUAAAGAAAUGCUAGAUGUUUUAAACAAAAAUCACUAAAAUAUAUCAAAAUAUAAUAUGUUAAAUCUUUAUAAUAUAUAGGGAUCUUCAAAUUCGCAACGAUUUGAUUAUUUAUUACUUUAAAAAUUAUCAGAGCAUAUUGGAGAUAUGAGCUUAAGUGAGAUAAUUUAAUGUUUGAGCAAAUUAAAAGUUUAUGAUUAAAAAGUCAUCAAGUUUUAGUUUGAUCUACUUUCAGAACGAAUUAUGGAAUAAAUUUUAUAUAUAACAAAUGAAUAAAUUGUUAAAAUCAUCUUCCAUUUUGGUAAAUUCGACAAAGGAACUGAAGAGUUAUGGAAGGAAUUAACCCAUAUUCUUUUAUUUAGGAUAAAUGAUUUUUCAAAAGAAGAAAUUUUAAGUGUUAUAAAAGGAUUUUCUGGUUCAAAUAGAGGAAAUUAAUUAUUUUGGUCAUAAAUUUUUACUUACUUUAAUAAAAAUUGUGAUAGCCUUAAAGAUUAAGUUGAUUUUGAUAUAGUUUGGAUUUUGAUGAAAACAAAAAUAGAGAAUGAAGAUUUCUGGGUAUUUGUAAACCUAAAUUACUCUAACUUGAUAAAAUAAUGUGAAACUAACCCAGAGAAUUUCUACAAGUUCUUUAAGUAUAGUAUAUAAAACAUAAUGUAGAUUACUUAAGUUAAUUAAAUAGAGCUAUAUAACGUCUUGGUAAAAUACAAAGACCAGCUAAGUCCUAUUUAUCAAAUGAAAAUAAUGAACAUACUUGCAAAAAACUAGCUUCUAACUCCUAAGAUAGUAGAAGCAUUUUAGAUUUCAUAGAAUUAAUUAUUUUCCCCAAAUCAUAAACUUUUAAAUUGA